CACUCGCAGAUCGUAGCUGAAAUUAAAAGUAAAGACGGUAUCAGUAUUACUUCAUGGAGUAUUGAACACAGAUACUGACAGAAUGAGCGACCAUUUGUCAUAUACUAAUGAUUUCAAUCAACACAAAAUUGUAUAUUGCGAAAACUACCAAAAUUCAAGGAACGCCGAUACAAACGUUCUACGCGAACCAGUCGAUCUUCAUCACAGACGGAAUUGGAUUCCUCGGGAAGAUCUUGAUUGAGAAAUUGCUGCGAGGUUGUCCUAAUAUCUCUAAGAUAUACGUAAUGAUAAGAUCAAAGAAAAACAAGAGCGCCACGAGCAGACUGGCCGAAAUCUUCGAGAGUUCCGUAAGCAUAAUGAGUGUAUUAUCAUGAAGCAAAAUCACUUUGUGUUGCCUUUUUUUAUAUUCUGGUCGUUUUUCACGCAAAGCUUGAUUCAAAUCGAUCAUUUGUUGUCGGUAGC